AUUGUAAUAUCAAAAAUAUGUACAGUAGUGUAUGAAGACUCAUCAGAUUAUAAUCAACUAUUUUUAAUUUCAUUUGUUAUUUUUAAUUUUUUUUUAGAGUUUAAAUAAAUAGCCAAAGCACAUUAGCGAAAAAGUUUUUAAGAAAUUUGUUUCACAAUAUUUUAAUACUAAUAGUUUGAAAUUUAUUUAAAAAAAUGCUAUUACAAAUCAGCAAAAGUCCUCGAUUUGAUAAAAAGUUAAGAAGUAAAAUAUGGCCAGAAAUGAUGAUGGACGAGGAUAAUCAUGAACCUGAUUUUCCUUUGCAUUUAAUAUCACGUUCAAUGUUACUUGACACAAUUUCACGUAAUAGUGAUAUAAAGACAAUUAAAAAAAAACCAACAAUUGAUGAUUUUGAAUAUUUUCAUAAAGCUAUUGGACCAAUUAUUGAAAUUGCAAAUAUUUUUGGUAUAUUUCCAAUUUAUGGCUCACGAAGUCCAUCACCAUCAAUGCUAUCAUUCAAAAUGAGAUCAUUUAAAAGUUAUUACGCUAUUGCAGUGUGUGUUAUUUUGGGAAUAUUUUCAUUCAUUUCAAUUGUUCAUAUGAUGACAGUAUUGCAAUCAAGUGUUUUAAGUCUUCAGGAAGGUAUAAGUGCUGCAACUGCUGGUGCUGUUUUUUACAGCGACAGUUUUAUUGGUGCAGUUAUAUUUUAUUUUUUGUCACCAAAAUGGACCAAGCUUCAGCAAGAAUGGAGACUAAUGGAGCAACAAUUGGAUAGUUACAAAGAAAAUAACAGUACUUGUCCACCACUUCGUCGAAAGUUCACAAUAAUAACAUUUAUUGUGCUGUUUUUUGCAAUCAUUGAACAUAUCAUGAGUUUGAUCGUUAACUGCACUCAAAUUGAUGGUCAAUCAUCAAGUUCAAAUAUGACCUUUGAAAGAUAUAUCGAAGCUUACACAGUUAAAUCACAUGGAUUUAUUAUCAGUAGUAUUGAUUAUAGUUUGGGCUUGGGAAUAGUUUGUUUCAUUGCCAGUAAAUUUGCAACAUUUAUUUGGAAUUUUACUGAUCUCUUUUUGAUAUUGGUUUCAACUGGAAUUGCUGAAAGAUAUAAAUAUUUGAACAAAAAUGUACUGUCGUCAAUUGAAAACAAAAAAUUUGAUUUUAACUGGCUUGAUUUACGUGAAAAAUAUGCAAUGUUAAGUUCACUUGUUAAAGAAGUCGACAGUGUUCUUGCACCAGUUAUAGUUUUAUCAUUUUUUAAUAAUCUCUAUUUUAUUUGUUUGCAAUUGCUUAAUGGAUUAUCAUCAAAUGAAAAAACAGCUUUUGAUAUUUUAUAUCUUUUUGGAUCAUUUAUUUUUCUGGUUGGUAGAACAGUUGCAGUAACAUUAUCAGCUGCCAGAAUUUAUGAUCAAAGUAGAAUGGUAUUACCAGCAAUAUUUAAUUGUCCUGCAUCGAGUUAUAAUAUCGAGACUGAACGAUUACAACAUCAAUUAUCAACCGAUGAAAUCGCUCUCACGGGAAUGAAAUUUUUUUCUAUAACAAGAAAUUUUAUGCUUGCUGUUGCCGGAGCAAUCGUGACAUAUGAAGUUGUAUUAUUACAAUUUAAUGCAUCAAUGAAAUCUUAG